UAGCAUCUUCUGUUUCCUGGCGAGUGUUUCCUGCUACCUUGGAUUGGCCAUGACAGGCUGGAGCUGCCUUGUGACAGGAGCAGGAGGGUUUCUGGGUCAGAGGAUCAUCUGCCUGUUGGUGGAGAAGACAGAGCUGAAGGAGAUCAGGGCCUUGGACAAGGCCUUCAGACCAGGACUGAGGGAGGAAUUUUCUAAGCUCCAGAACAAGACCAAGCUGACAGUGCUGGAAGGAGGCAUUCUGGAUGAGCCAUUCCUGAAGAGAGCCUGCCAGGACGUCUUGGUCGUCAUCCACACCUCCUGUAUCAUUGAUGUCUUCGGUGUCCCUCACAGAGAGUCCAUCAUGAAUGUCAAUGUGAAUGGUACUCAGCUCCUGUUGGAGGCCUGUGUCCAAGCCAGUGUGCCAGUCUUCAUCUACCCCAGUGCCCUAGGGGUAGCCGGGCCCAACUCCUACAAGGAAAUCAUCGAGAAUAGAGAAACACAAGCCUCUCUGGAAAACACACGGUCUGCUCCAUAUCCACACAGUAAAAAGCUCACUGAGAAGGCUGUGCUGGCAGCUAAUGGGUGGACUCUGAAAAAUGGUGAUACCUUUUACACUUGUGCCUUAAGACCCAUGUGUAUCUAUGGGGAAGGAGGCCCAUUUCUUACUGCCAAUAUAAAUGAAGCCCUGAACAACAAUGAGAUCCUGUCAAGUGUUGGCAAGUUCUCCACUGUCAACCCAGUCUAUGCUGGCAAUGUGGCCUGGGCCCACAUUCUGGCCUUGAGGGCCCUGUGGGACCCCAAGAAGGCCCUAAGUGUCCGAGGGCAGUUCUACUAUAUCUCAGGUGACACGCCUCACCAAAGCUAUGAUAACCUUAGUUACACCCUGAGCAAAGAGUUCAGCCUCCGCCUUGAUUCCAGAUGGAGCCUUCCUUUAUCCCUGAUGUACUGGAUUGGCUUCCUGCUGGAAAUAGUGACUCUCCUGCUCAGGCCAAUUUGCACCUAUCAACCGCCCUUCAACCAUCACACAGUGACAUUGUCAAAUAGCGUGUUCACCUUCUCUUACAAGAAGACUCAGCAAGAUCUGGCGUAUGAGCCGCUCUACAGCUGGGAGGAAGCCCAGCAGAAAACCGUGGAGUGGGUGGGUUCCCUUGUGGACCGGCACAAGGAGACCCUGAAGUCCAAGACUCAGUGAUUUAAGGAUGACAGAGAUGUGCAUGUGGGUGUUGUUAGGAGGUGUCAUCAAGCUCCACCCUCCUGGCUUCAUACAGAAGGUGACAAGGGCACAAGCCCAGGUCCUGCUGCCUCCCUUUCACAUAAUAGCCAACUUAUUGUCUUCCUCAU